AGAUUUCCCUAUUACAAAGAUAGAUUUCCAGCAUGGCAGAACAGCAUUCGUCACAACCUAAGUCUCAAUGAUUGCUUCAUUAAGAUGCCUAGAGAACCAGGCAAUCCAGGCAAGGGCAACUACUGGACUCUUGACCCAGCAUCCGAGGACAUGUUCGAUAACGGCAGCUUUCUUCGGAGAAGGAAAAGGUGA